AUGAUUUCGUUACGACGAUUUAUACUGUCAAUCGCCCUGGUCUGGGCGACUUGGUUCGGAGCAACCUCAUUACAUCAAUACCUCGAUCCGAAUACACAUAUAUCGGAUGAAAUGAGAGAGGAUGCUCGCUGGAUUGCAACAUCAAAGCACUUUUUGGAUAGGCAAUCAUGUAAAUGGCUUGGCCUUUGUGGCCUUGCUCACUACCAUUCCGAUCCUGCCUGGAAACGAAGAUUGAAUAAGGAUACGAGGGAUCAGAAAGUCAUGGCAGAUGAUGAAUUCGAUGCGAGCUGGGUAGAAUGGGACAAUGCCUACAAGAAUGCGCCAAAAAUGCGCCCAGAUGAUUGGUAUGGCGAUGAUAGAGUGUUGAGAGAAGUUCCACAAUACGUCCUCGACCACGCUCCUCUGGUACAUCUAUAUUCGGGUGAAAAGUUCUGGCCUGCGGACAUCAAGGACCAUUUGCAACAUGUUACUCCUUACGAAAACCAUACUUCAUUGCAUAUGAAUAGCUCGCAACAUACAUUACACAAUUUACAUUUGUUGAACGAAGGACGCAGAGGCCGAGUCUUAUUUAUGCAAAGCAAAGACGAUGUUGAAGAUAGACCAAGGUGGCUUGGGAGUGCUUGCAAUAGACCUAUACCAUAUGAAGAUGAGAUCAAACAUGAAGAGGAUUGGGAAGCAGUGGAGGAGGAAGAAGAGAAGGAGUUUAUUGAAACCAGAGAAGAUGGCCAGGAAGCUUGGGAUGAUGCGAGUGAUGAGAAUAGAAUGAAGAUUGCUGCACCACUAGAACCAUCCUUCAGCACACAACCUCGAAUUGCAGGACAAGGUCGACGCGAGUUGAAGAAACGUGGGGAUUCUUCGGGUAAACCGAAUCAAUCAGGAUAUUCUCCAGCUCCGGCGACAUUAAUAAUUGUGGAUAAAGGACAUGGUAUCGUUGAUGCAUUUUGGUUUUACUUUUAUUCCUACAAUCUUGGUACGACUGUCAUGAAGAUGCGAUUCGGAAAUCAUGUUGGUGAUUGGGAACAUUCGCUUAUUCGCUUUCACCAUGGCGUACCAAAAGCCGUCUUUUUUUCGGCGCAUUUCGGUGGGUUAGGAUAUCAUUACAAAGCAGUGGAGAAGGGACAAGGUCCAGGAAGAGAAGGAAGACCAGUGAUUUAUAGCGCAGUUGGAUCUCACGCUAUGUAUGCGACACCGGGUACUCACCCAUACGUUCUACCAUUCAAACUCUUGGCGGAUGUCACCGACAAAGGACCAAUUUGGGACCCCGUCCUCAAUUACCGAGCUUAUUUCUAUAACACAUCUCUCACUCACAAUGUCGAUGCACGAUUCGCAACUUCCAACUUCCCUGUCCAAACCAUGGCUGAUUCUUUUCAACCCGCGGCGCAAAAUCCCGAUGCACCCACUGGCUGGUUUUGGUUUAAUGGACAUUGGGGUGAUAAAUUUUAUGAAUUAUCUGAUUGGAGACAGUGGAGAUUUGUGGGUCAAUAUCAUUAUGUUAAUGGACCUUUAGGACCAAAGUUUAAAAAUUUGGGUAGAAGUAGGGUUUGUCAAUCAGGGUUGAAGUGUAUAUUGGUGGAUAGCUUGGAGAAGGGAAAACAUAGGAGUUGGGUUGGGUAG